GGCAUGGGCGGCCUCGCAAGCGCCCUCUCGCUGGCCCACCACGGCUUCACAAACAUCUCCGUAUACGAAACGGCGUCAAAUCUGGGCUUCGUCGGCGCCGGCAUCCAGCUCGCGCCCAAUAUGGCGCGCAUCCUCGACCGCUUCGGGUGCUGGGCCGAGAUCGAGGCCGAGGCGACGGAUAUCCGGACGACGAGUAUACGGCGUAUGUGGUGUCCUUCCCUUGUCCUCCGCUACUAUCGGCUACUCAGUCGAGCUUAGGAUGUGUGAAAUACAGGCUUGAUGCCAAUUUAUAUACACACAAAGUGACAAGAGAUACUGACCAACUCCUCCACAGAGGGCGCCACCGACACCGAACUCGCACACGUCGACCUCACCUCCAUCCGCGCAACAUACAACUACCCACACAUGGUCGGCCAUCGCGCCUCCCUCGCCGGCGCAAUGUACCGCGCCUGCCAGGCCAAGCACCCAAACAUCACCUUCCACUUCGGCCACACCCUGACCGCGAUCACAUCCUUCAGCCCGCCGACAUGCACCAUCACUCCGCGAAACGACUCUUCGGCGCCCAUCACACUCACACCAGCCCUGAUCCUCGCCGCCGACGGCAUAAAAUCCGUUGCGCGAACAACAAUGCUAGCAGCCCUAGACCACACAGCCGGCAUCCAAGACACGCGACAAGCCGCAUACCGCAUCAUGCUAACCCGAGCGCAAUGCGCGCACGACGCCGAGCUGCUCUCCUACUUUGACGCCGACGCCGUGACGCGGUGGAUCGGCGAGAGCAGGCACAUCAUCGCAUACCCGGUGUCCGGCAAGCAGAUCUACAACCUGAGCACCGUGCAGCCGGACACGCAUUUUGCCGCGGCCACGAACGCGACCUACACGACCAAGGGCAGCAAGGAGACGAUGAUGGGCGUGUUUGCCGACUUUGCGCCUGUGGUGCGGCGCAUGUUGGACUUGGUGCCCGAGGGCGAGGUGUGUGAGUGGAAGCUGCGUGUGCAUGAGCCAUUGCCGACCUGGGUGCAUGGUCAGAUGGCUCUGGUGGGCGAUGCCUGUCAUCCGACGCUGCCGCAUCUGGCGCAGGGCGCAGCUCAGGCAAUUGAGGACGGCGCGGUGCUUGGGGUUGUGUUGUCGUUGUGCCCGGACGCUUCUCCAGAAAGCAUUGAAAAGACGUUGAGGGUGUACGAGAGUGUUCGGAAGGAGCGCGCCGAGACACUCGUCGAUAUUGCCGCAGCGUCGGGACGGGAACUGCAUUUGGGCGAAGGCAAGGCGAAGAAAGAAAGGGAUGAAGCGUUUGCUAGGUUGAAGGCUGGUGAGGGCAAGGUGCCGGACCGGUGGGCCGACGCAGAUGUGCAGAAAAAGAUUUACGGAUUUGAUUGUAUGAAGGUUGCGGAAGAAGAGUUUGAGAGAUUGUUUGGGGAGGCAAAGGUGGCGAGAGAGAGGAUGGAAGUAGGAUAGCUGCUGCUGAGACAGAGAAUGCGCCGGGCCGGGCAUGACACGCAUUUAUAUCCCGAUAUGCUGCGGUGUAGGUAGUAUUGCAACGAUGGCGAAUAGGGAAGCUGGCAUGUAUGGAUAGUGUUGACGAUCAUUUGGCGGGUGUUAACCCUGUAGUAUGCUUGAUACUACAUAAUGUCCUUCCAAAAUGCUUCUACUUUGCACAGCAGUAGUCCAGAGAACAAGCGUAGGUACGAAGCGAACGAGUCAAAGUGCCUAGCAACAAUUUCGGCGAUAUGAUGGGGAGACGAA